AAUUGCUUCUAGAUUAAGCUAAAUUUCUCCGGAGAUCCUAAAUUUCACCUCUUUGACGCGGAAACAAAAAAUCCUAAAUUCCGCGGACUUAUCCUUAUAAAUAUCGAAGCUGCAAUCUUUCUAACGCGGAAAGAGCAAACAUUCCAUUUUUUUGUUACUUUGAUAAGAAGAAAAAAGAAAGAGCAAGAAGAAGAAGAAAGAAGGAUGUGUUUGGUGUUCGUGUGCGAUCAGGACGAGAAAGUAAUCGGAAGGUACGCAGCUCCAGGGGCGUGUCCGUACUGCGGCGGAGCGGUUCAAGCGGUUGACGUAGAAAGCCAGUGGAGAUUCUGCUUCGUCCCUCUCUAUUUCAAAUCCAAACGUCGCCAUCUUUGUUCCACUUGUGGUAAACGCCUCAUCGUCCAUUACUGAAACCAAAAAACUCCAACCUCCCAGAUCUUUAUUUAAGCUGUCUGUCUCCUCUCACUUCUAUAUGUAAAUAUCCAAAUUUCUGACUUAGCUUUUGUGUACUCUAUUUGUAAAAAAGAAAAAGAACAAGUCUUCU